AUGUUCACCAAAGAGACAACUUGCCACUUACAUCUCCCUCCUGCUGGGCAGUUUGUCAUCCUUGUGAUUGAUAGCACAGACCGGAAUAGGCUGCUGACCACCUGGGAGGAGCUGUAUAAGAUGCUGGCCCAUGAGGUGCUUCAAGAUGCUUCAGUCCUGAUCUUUGCCAAUAAGCAGGACAUGAAAGACUGCAUGACCACAGCAGAGAUCUCCCAAUCCCUUAUGCUCAGCACCAUCAAAGACCACCUGUGGCAAAUCCAGGGCCGCUGCGCUCUCACUGGGGAAGGGCUGCCAGCUGGGCUCCAGUGGAUGCAGUCUUGGGCCACUGCCAACUAAUGUCUCAGCCUGAAGCCAACCAGAAGGCUUGGCAGAAGCCUUGCAUGGUUAGCACUGAUGAGAAACCCUAGUGAUUUUCUGGUGGAAGCAGGGUGGUUAUGGACAGAGAGAUGGCCACUGUCCACCAAACAGGAACUAAACUACAGACUUGGAGUUGCUGCAGACAGGGUGUCAGGUGAAAAUGUUCCCCAGCCAUCACUGCAGGAGUGUGGAGACACCAGGGAUAUUUCUGGAUGUGUUGAGGGAUCAGGCCCCUCCUAGCCCUCAUUCUCUGUAGGAAUGGAGAGCAAGAAAUCUUUAUAAAGUUCUAUAAUCCUUGAACAAAGGAGAUUAU